UGUACUGCUUAUUCGUUCUGCCUGUCGAUUAGAAUCUCCUGGUCACCAAAUAAAGGGAAACAAAAAAGGCGUCACCGUCAGUGUCAAAGCCUUUGUCCUUUACCUCUUCAUAUUCAAUCUUUCUCCGCUAGAGAAGAAGAAGCAAAAAGUGAGAGAACAUGGAGGAGAAGCAGCGAAUUCAGAUUCCCAGAGUGAAGCUGGGUAGUCAGGGAUUGGAGGUCUCAAGACUAGGCUUUGGAUGUGGGGGACUCUCUGGUAUCUGGAAUGCUCCUGUUCCCCAUGUAGCCGGAUGUUUACUCAUAAAGAGAGCAUUUGAGAAGGGCAUCACCUUCUUCGAUACAUCAGAUGCCUAUGGUCAUGAUCAUGACAAUGAGAUUAUGAUCGGAAAGGCUCUGAAGGACCUUCCAAGAGAGCAGAUUCAGUUAGCGACGAAAUUCGGCUUUGCAGUGGAGGAAGGUCAAGUUGCCAUCAAAGGUACUCCUGAACAUGUAAGAAAAUGCUGUGAAGGUAGUCUGAAGAGACUUGGGAUCGAUUACAUAGACUUGUACUAUCAGCACAGGGUGGAUACCACAGUGCCGAUAGAGGAUACUGUGGGAGAACUCAAGAAGCUGGUGGAGGAAGGGAAGAUAAAGUACAUUGGUUUGUCAGAAGCUAGCAUCGAUACAAUAAAGAGAGCUCAUGCCAUUCAUCCAAUCACAGCUGUGCAAAUGGAGUAUUCUCUGUGGACUCGUGAAAUUGAGGAUGAAUUAAUUCCACUUUGCAGAGAACUUGGCAUCGGGAUAGUCGCAUAUAGCCCUCUAGGCCAUGGGUUCUUUGGUGGGAAGGCGAUUGUUGAGAGCUUGCCUGUGGAGAGCCUGUUGAAUACACAUCCAAGAUUCACUGGGGAGAACUUAGAGAAGAACAAAGUUAUAUAUCAAAAAGUUGUUGACCUUGCUGCAAAGCAUGGCUGCACCGCUCCUCAACUGGCCCUAGCAUGGGUUCUUCAUCAGGGGGAUGAUGUUAUCCCUAUACCAGGGACCAGGAAAGCCGAGAACCUCGAAAACAAUAUUGGAUCAGUGGCAAUUAAGCUUAGCCAAGACGAGAUGAGAGAAAUCUGUGAAGCCGUGACCAUGAAUGAAGUAAGUGGGGAAAGAGAGUUUGAAACGUUGGCCAAGUAUUCAUGGAGAUAUGCAGAUACCCCACCAAGAUAAUGCGCGGCACGGAUAAAAGAUUGACCAUGGAUUCGCUCGAUGGAAGUGUUUCUCCCUUGUUAUUUCCGCUACUUGUUGCGAGGAGAAUAUUGCAGUGGAAGUGUGAGAUCGGUGGUCGUGAUAUCCAUAUUUCGACCUUAUAAUAAGGAGCCUUAAAAAUCAUGACAAUGGGUGAUGUAAAAGACAUUUAUUUCCCUUCGUUGUUCUUCGACUGCUUGUGUCAGAAAAUGUAGGGUAUGCCUGAAUGCUGGGAUUCAACAAGCAGGCGUGUUCUGUUUUAAGGUGAAGAUGCUUUGCCUGUGCUUUAUUCCAACCUAAUAAUUCAGCGGUUCAGCUAA